GCCGAAGCGCAGCGUGUGAUUUUAGUCUCAUUUACAGCCAUGCCUUCAACAGAACAAGCUCUACCUGACAGACACAAGCGGACACAAUGACAACAACCACUCUGGGAUAACUUUAAUCAUGCUACACACGCUUUUCGGACUAUUUUAAAGCGAAAAACACAGAAAAGUGCAAGUAAAAGUAGUUAUCCGGACUCAACUCUGAAUACAAUUCUCGUGUGCCAACCAUAACCCGAUCAUAUUUUUUUCUCCGUCUCUUUUUUGGGGGAUUAAUCGCAUCAAGUCACGUUACAAAUCAGACAUCAUGAGCGAGCUGAACGUGCCCAUGGGCCCCCCGUCUCCGUCCGUGGGGCAGCAGCCUCCUGACGACGUGGGCAUGGACUACAGGGACUGGGUGAGACGCAGUUACCUGGAACUGGUCAGCUCCAACCACCACUCCGUGCAGGCCCUGUCCUGGAGGAAGCUCUACCUGAGCCGGGCCAAACUGAAGGCGUCCAGCCGCACCUCUGCACUGCUCUCAGGGUUUGCUAUGGUGGCCAUGGUGGAGGUGCAGCUGGAGACUCAGUACAGUUACCCUCGGGUGCUCUUGAUCGCCUUCAGCGUUUGUACCACCGUGCUCGUCGCCGUCCACCUCUUCGCCCUCCUCAUCAGCACCUGCAUCCUGCCGAACGUGGAAGCCGUCAGCAACAUCCACAACCUCAACUCCGUCAGCGAGAGCCCCCACGAACGCAUGCACCAGUACAUUGAGCUUGCCUGGGGCUUUUCCACCGCGCUGGGCAUCCUUUUGUUCCUGGCCGAAGUCGUCCUUUUGUGCUGGAUAAAAUUCCUCCCCGUCGGCGCCAGAAAAGAGCCAAAAGACCCAAAAUCACAGCCUACAAAAACUCCAGAAGAGGACAGCGGGUGGCAGGCUGCGUUGGCGUCUACGAUCAUAAUGGUGCCGGUGGGAGUGAUUUUUGUGCUCUUCACGAUUCAUUUUUAUCGUUCGCUGGUGCGCCACAAGACGGAGCGCCACCACCAGGAGAUAGAGGAAUUGCACAAGAUAAAAAUCCAGUUGGACGGUCACGAAAGAGGGCUACAACACGUUUAAAACCUUCGUUGACUUUAAAUUGCUUGGCUACUCACUUAUAUUUAUUCUUUAUGUGGAAUUUAAGGAACACAGGAGGGAUUUGUUACAUAAAAGGGCUACUUACGUCACAGUUUUUCAGACUAUUUUUGGUUGGGGGAGUUUUCAGAUGUGCCAUAUGAGAAGACGCCAAUCAUUUGAACAGAUGUUUGUUGUUUUCUUCAAAGUGAAAGAUGGACAGCUUAAAUUUCUAAUGCAGGAUUCCUCAAAAAGAGAGAGUGUACAUACAGAAAAGGGAAUUCAGUCAAACCAAAUUAUAGUUGCAAAGAUAAGAUUUUUUUUUUUAUUUAUCUGUCUGGUCUUGAUAGCCAUUUAAAUUCACUGUAAGUUUUGCACAGUGGUGGGCAGCGGUCGCAAUCCGUGUAUCAUUCGUUCAUUCGUUUUUUCAAACUAAAACCAAAAAUAAGAAAACGAAAAAACAAGUAUUUUCUUCAUUAUUUGUCUCCAAAACCAAAAUGAAAAAAAAAAAAAAAACGGAUAACAAUUCGUUUUCCAUUCCCGUCACUUAAACUGCGAUGCAGGACUGAACCA